AUGAAUGAUAAGAAAUUAGAAGAAGAGGAAGAAAGGAAACAUCAUCGCAGCCUUUCACAAAAAUGGACAGCAUUUAUUGAAAAUACCACUUUGCAUGGUAUAAGGAAUGUUUUACCAUCGCAAAGACCAAGGGUCUCCCGAGUGGUUUGGUCUGUUGUAAUGCUGACCUUUGGCGCAUAUUUUAUUUACACCUUUUAUAAGGCAGUGAACAAAUACCUUCAAUAUCAUACUGUCACCUCGAUAACCAAGAAUUACGAACAGAGUAUGUCGUUUCCGGCAGUGAGUAUUUGUCCUGAGAAUUUAUUCAGCAGAAGAAAAAUUAUGAUGCGGGACGACGAUCCCUUUUUUGCAGCCCAAGGCCUAAACAUGAGCGCAUGCGAGGUUACUAGGGAGUUACGUCAGAGGGAGAUGAACAACAUGUCUUGUGGAUUAGCAAUGAUCUGCUGCUGUGCCUUUUUUGGUUAUAAAACAAAUCCAAUUUAUUACCCCAACUGCACUAAACAGAGAAGGAGUGCAUUGCAAAAAGCACUUGAAGAAUCUGGGGUUCUUUUCAACAUGGAACAGUUCUUCACAGUCUUCAGCCCGGAUUCAGCAGAAAUGCUAUCUCAUUAUUUUGGAUGCUUCUUCCAAUGGAGUGAAAACUGCAAUCACUCAGAUUUUGAAACCGAAGUGACACAAUAUGGAAUAUGCCAUACUUUUAAUUCUGGCAAAAACAAUCGAUCCAAAGUUUCCUAUAGGGGUGGAGUGAGCAGGGGACUGGCAAUAAUGCUGAAUGUGAGUCAGUCAGAUUACACGCUUGGCAACAAGAUAGCACAAGGGUUCUCCAUAUCGAUCCAUGGCCAGGGAGAAAGCUUCAAUGCCUUUGAUGAGGCAUUUAGUGUAAUGCCAGGGACAUAUGCUACCAUUUCGCUUUCAGAGCAAAGAGUAGGUUUGGUUUAUGUCUUUCUUGAUUUAAUGUUCUUUGCCUUCAGGAGAUUUAACAAAAUAAGAAAAAGUGGUAUCACUUUAAGCUAGAGGCAAAUUUUCGUUUCGGAGAUUUCGUUUCUCACAUGUCCAAAUGCUGUUUAUUUGAAAAUGUUGACAAGGUUGACUUAGAAAGGUUAGGAUGCAGUGACCGUCCCUCCUUAACUUGAAUUGCUUGAAAAGGUUGAGCCUACGUUUAGAAGUUCUGAUUAUUCGUUGGUAACUGGUACUAGCUAUUUUUACUUUCUUACACCUCAGUUUAUAUCAUUCCUUUUAUUAAGCUAUUUUUAACCAACUCCUUAAAGUUUAUGAAAAUGGUAUUAAAGUUCUCUUUCGGCAAAAAAAGGAAUAAUGACGAUGACCUUUCAAGUUUUUGUUUGUAAAGAGAAAUAAAUGUCGCAGCUACUGAUAAUGAUGAUGACGGUGAUGAUGAUGAUGUUGAUGAUAUCAUGAUUUUCUUUUUCAUUCAAAGUUCAAGCAUCUUGAUAGAUAUGGCAAGAAGUGCAAGACAAUGAAAUUGAAAAGUUUUUCUCGAUAUACUACAGACGGUUGCCUGGAGGAGUGUUACGCUAAACGUUAUAUGGAAUACUGUGGCUGUCGUCCGGCGGGUAUCACUGGUAUAUAUCAGCAGUCCCCACCCAAUUUCUUUUAAUGUUUUACUUUAUGUUGUAAAUGUUCCGAUCCUGUGUCUUUUAAAACUAUCCCUCUUACUUUGAUAAAAAUAUAAAUUCUUCUCCAGGGUACAUUAUAAGUGUAUGUUCGUCAAAGAAAAUACGUUGAAUGACAGGUUUUGCUUUUUUGGUUGGUCUUGCCGGAUCCACUAUUACUGUUUUAUGUUCCGGUGGAAAAUCGCGAACUGACAAGAUCAAAAUUGAGGUGUAUGGCUACAGAAAAACGGGAAACAGUAUUAAAAUCAGCUUUAAUUUCAAUCAUCUGAUUCUAUAUCGCAUUUCUGUGUGGUUAGUAAGUUUGGUUUUUUUUUUUUUUUUUAAAAAUCAAUUUCUCGAAGACAUGACGUCUCUUUCACUUUCAUUGCAACAAUCGACCAUCGAAAUAAUGGCGGAAUGUCCAAUCAAAAAUUCACGGCAAUCAAAAUCAUCAGAAUUACCUGUAAGUUCGCACCUAAAAAUUGACACAAAUGUAUUUUUAAGGGAUAAAGAAUCAACAGACCUGUAUUUUUAAGGGAUGAAGAAUCAACAGACUUGAUGUCAUUGCUGUUAUUCAAGAGCUGGCAAUCACUGAUAAUCGCUAUCGGAAAUCAAUAAAAUUCAUGUCUGAAAUGCAAUGAUUUAAAGUUUAUUAGCAGUUUGCCGAAAAGUUUAUAAGGGGCUCCGCUUUUAGGCUUGUUUAAUUCUAAAUAAUUCUAUACGUUAACAGUGUUUCAAAAUGUUUCAUCAUUUUUAACUGAUAAUAAUAAUAAUAAAAACUAACUAAAUUAAGCAAAAACUAAUUAGGACUAAACUGACUUAACCAACUUGUUCCUUUCUUUUAAUUUAGGAUCCAGCAUUGAAGUUUGCCAACAGAAACAUGCAGAUUGUCUUCAUGGUCUUAAAGGUUGAUGACGAGAAAUAACUUUAAAGUUAUAUUUGUUGGUUUAAAAUUUAUUUUCCUUUUUUGGCAUGACAAUUGAGGGUCAUAAUGAUUAACUAAACCAACAUAAUUGAUCCACAACAUGUACUUUCACUAAUUUAUGACACAUGUACACUGUAUAUUAAAAGCUUCACCUCAAUAAAAUGUUUAGUAAACUGAUUAACUAAUAAACCAAACAGCAAUCACUUAGUGAUACGUCGAUCCACCCAUUAACGCAGUGUGACGCUCGGCCUCUUACAUUCGGUUAAAACUAACGAGUGAUCAGUUUCAUCCAUGUGUUGUGUGUGCACCAAGGCAUUCAAAAGUUUUAACUUCGUGAGAGACUGUACUUUUCUAACAUUGCUGCUUUCUUUUAUUAUUCUGUAGACACAGUGAAAUGUGACUGUCCAGUCUCUUGUAAUCAGACAAAAUACAAGGCGGAAAUAUCUUUCUCCAAACUCCUUGAUCAUGACAAGACAAUCUCUGAUCCAGUCAGUAAUUGGUUCAGUGAUGUCAACCAGGAUAGGUAGAGUAAUACCUCCUCUAUUAAGGCCCCUUCCAAAUAAGCUCACCUUUUUUAAAAAGCGCCCCCCCCUCUCGAUCAGGGGAAGAACGUUAUUAAGCCCCCUUCUCCUCUCCCUCCUUGUUCCUCACUACCAAAUUAAUAUAAAAUGGACUGAUCCAGUGUGGGUUAUUCAUAUCUGGAAGUUAGGAUCUUUAGCUCCAAGACCUCUAACGUCAUCUCCCUGAGCAUUUCCACUUGAUUUCGUCUUUGUUUAUGGAGAAUUGAUACCAUCUUCUGUUUGUUUGAAAAAGUAGUAUGGUCCCCUAUUUCGGUUAAUUGAUUAAGUCCCCCUUAUCAAAUAAGCUCCCAUGUUUGUAAAACAAAUUUUAGCUGCACAAUGCGUCCGUGUAGUAUCUGCCGUUUAAAAAAAGAAAAGGAAAAGAAAUUUUACAUCUUUGAGGUUUUGUAUUUGAAUUUUGCAGGCGUUAUAAAAAAAGAAAAAUUGGUAAAGGUGAAUCAUGUCCUUCAGAUUUCCUUGCUGUAAUACUGACUGUGUAUUUUGUUUUCUUAGCCAGGAUUUUGUUUACGUAACAGUUGGCUUUAAGUCAUUAAGUUAUGAAUUGCAGGAGGAGAAGUUAGUGUACGACGUUUUUGCUAUGUUUGGUAAGUUGCAACACUGA